GGAAUGCAUGUGAUAAGGAUUGGAUAUGCGUUUUGCACAGUGACAGAGAAAUGCACUCAUUCGGGUAGAAAAUCUAAAAAAACUUCUGCACAACAAUAUUAUCAACGAACAAUCAAUGCUUAGAAACGCCGGUAAAUAUAUUCAUGACGACGUUGGACGUCCCGGACUUCCGUGAACAGUGUAUGUGAUGGACUUCAGACAUGUUUGGAUAACUGAGUAUGUGUUAUGUAUUAUGUAUUUCAUUAUUAUUCAUCAUCAUAUCUCCCUAUAUUUACUGUAAACCCAAGUCAUUUUAUACCAACGAAUGGGUGAUCCAAGUAGAAGGCGGGGCCAAAGACGCCGUACACGUGGCAUCUACGUAUGGGUUACAGCUGCUAGGAGAAGUCUUUCCGUAUUACUAUCAUUAUAAACAACACGGCAGAACAAGACGCAGUGUUCUUCCGUCCCUUCACACACAUAGAAGAUUACUGAGGCACCACAAGAUAACUACUGCUAAUCAAGUAUUAUGGAAGUUGCGACAUAAUCGAGCUACGUCAUUCAAUGAUCAGUUUUGGUCGGACAUGUGGUACAUAAGAAGUGCAUCGCCUUCAAUGAAAGUGUCCGAGGCCUGGAAUCUUGGGUACCGAGGAGACGGGGUAACGAUAGGGAUUGUGGACGAUGGCGUCGAAGUCAAUCAUCCUGACCUGGCGGCAAAUAUAGCCAGAACGAGCAGCUAUGAUUUCUUCGCUAACGACGGGGAUCCAUCUCCAAGUCCCUCAUCUCGGGGGCAUGGUACAAAAUGUGCUGGAGCGGCAGCGGCAGUUGCAAAUGAUUCACUGUGCGGUGUUGGAUCUGCAUACAAAGCAAAGAUUGCAGGGAUACGCGCCAGUGAUGGCGGGUCCUCCUCUGUCAUGGAGGCGCGGUCAUUAAACCAUGACUGGAAUAAUAUCCAGAUCUAUUCUAAUAGCUGGGGAGGAGAGGACAAAAAAGGAUUUGACGGUCCCGACGCCAUCGUAAACCACGCAAUUAUUAGGGGAAUCGUGCAGGGGCGGUCAGGUUACGGCUCUAUAUAUGUAUGGGCGGCUGGUAACGGUGAGAAUGAAGAUAAUUGCAAUGCGGAUGGAUAUGCGAAUAGUAUAUACACCAUAGCGAUAUCUAGUGUUAACAGUGAUGGGUAUGCUGCAAGCUUCAGCGAAGUCUGCUCAGCAGCCAUGGCUGUAACCUACAGUCAAAGUACUUCAACAUCUAAUAUUGUGACUACAAAAAUGGGUGGUGGAUGUGAUAAGUCAUUCACAGGAACAUCUGCAUCAGCUCCGAUGGCGGCAGGGAUUAUCGCCCUUGCUUUACAGGCAAAAAAUGAUAUGACUUGGAGAGAUGUGCAGCACCUGAUAGUUAACACCGCAAAAAUGUCUGGUCUACAUGGAAGAGAUAUUGCAUCUAAUGGAGCCGGAAAACGAUUUAGUAAUUUCUUUGGCUUUGGUUUACUUGAUGCUGAGGCAAUGGUUUCGCAUGCUGCUAACUGGACACUGGUGCCGAGUCAACGAACGUGUACAAGUCCCAACAUAGCCGUUCUAAAUGGAAGAAUCAGCGGAUCAACGAGGCAAAUCUUUUCCAAGGUUCAAAGUAAAGGUUGUGAAGGAAUGAGCGGUGAAGUUAAAUUCCUUGAACAUGUGGUUACAGAGAUUACGUUUUCUGCUACGCAACGUGGGCAGGUGGAACUGUUCUUAACAUCACCCAGAAGUACUACGACAACGUUGUUAAGCGUGCGACCAGCUGACACACCGUACAGUGGGUCCAUCACCUGGUCGUAUAUGUCCGUACAUUUCUGGGGAGAAGACCCCAAGGGAAAUUGGACUUUGAAAAUGUAUAUAAGAGACACUUCAACUUCAGGUUCACUUGACAAAUGGAAACUGACAUUACAUGGAACAAAAAUUGAUCCGAAAUUAGGAAUAGCUGCAGAACCUGAUCCUGUAACAAUGACAGUUCCAACCACGACAGUCCGUGGUGAAACCACACCCAACGAGACUUCAGCUGAUAUCAUUAUAGAGGCUAGUACCUUGACAACAGUCACGGAUCUCAUUUCAUCAGUCAUCACCCUGGACUCCUUUUCUCACAGAAUAGAAUCAAGUCAUGCGAAUAUUACAUACAGCACUACCGUUUCCCAUAAUGCAGUGCAAAAAACUACUAUUACACUGUACCUGGUGGUAGUCAUUGCCCUUGGUGCAUUUAUUGUCAUUGUCGUUGCAAUCAUUGCUUUUUGUAUUGUAUAUAAGGGGAAAUUCAAGAAUAAAACGUCACUGGGUACCAACUAAGGACAAAUAGCAACAAACACCCAUUAUGUUAAUGAACCUAGACGACACAUAGCAACAAACACCCAUUAUGUUAAUGAACCUAAGCGACACAUAGCAAUAUAUACCCAUUGUGUUAAUGAACCCAGAGGACACGCAUGGAUAGCUGAUUUGCAUUCAUAAAUACAUUUACUUUGCAGUCGUCAAUGUUGUUUAUACAUUGAUCCAUUUCUAUGUAUAAAUCAACAACUGCGAUUGAAAUAUUGAGAAUCAAGGUGCACUACUUUUAUAGCCUAACUAAUGAUGGAGUAUUAUCAAACUGCAAGGUGCAAGUGCAAAUGUCGGAUGCAUGUAGACUGUGUCUGUGUGUAUGGCACAUAUCGUAGCAUUUAAAGAAAAUAUAAAGAUGUCAGUGCAGUCGACCUUUGAAUCCAUUAUGUUUUAUUUUUCCCUUGCAAACGGAGUUGUAUAGUUGUUACGUUGUAUCUAUGUACUUGAUGGUGUCAUUGUAUUCUUGAUUAAAAUUGAAACUUGGC